AUGCCACCGUUAUUGUUUGUGUUUGAAAAUAUUUUAAAUUAUUGUUUUGAAUAUUUUCCCGAAGAAGAUCCGUUGUUGUACAACGAGAAACUUCAAAGCGAGUGGCUAUUGUUCUGGACAAAGGAAGGUGAGGCAAUUGUCCAAACGACUUGGCUGAAAAAAUAUUCUGAGUAUAUUUUGAAUGAAAACGAAGAAGAAAAAAAUGAAAAUCUGGACGAAGCUUGUGAUGAAAAGAUCAAAGAUUCUGUAGAUCAAUGUACAAUAGAACAGGAGUCUUCUACAAAAACUAAAGAAAUAACUUCGGAAGCCGAUGCUUACAGUUACCUUUGGCAAGAUCUCUGGAAUAAACACUACACGGAAACUUACGAAAAAACCUAUCAACUCUUUUCAGAGGUUCAUCAGCACCACUAUAACUUUUAUAGGUUGCCUAGUGAGGAAGUGCUGCUAGAUGAUUUAUCGGCAUAUCCUUUAGAAGAGGACGAAAACGAAUUAGAAUACCUCGACCAAACAGAGCAACUGCAAGCCCUUGGAUUGCCGACUUCGUUUGGUGGUUCAAAUAGCAAAUAUCACAAAAAUCGUUUACAAGAUUUAAGCAGUGAUUCACUUAGUGAAGAAGAAACUGAAGAGGAUCACGAAAUGGCUCCAGUGCAUCAAACGUCCUCUCAAAAACCCGCCCCAACAAUUAAAAAGAAGAAAAAAAAUCGAAAGCUGAAGAAAAUUCCCAAAUUCAUAGUUGAAGACAAAUCACUCCGAAGCUACUGGCAUAAACGUUUUUCACUGUUUUCUCGCUUUGACGAAGGCAUAAAACUCGAUCGCGAAAGUUGGUUUUCGGUGACUCCUGAAAAAGUCGCAAUCCAUAUGGCAGACCGCUUGCGAUGCGAUACCAUCAUAGAUGCUUUCUGUGGCAGUGGUGGUAAUUCAAUUCAAUUUGCCAGAACAUGUAAUAGAGUAAUAGCUAUCGACAUAGAUCCAGAGAAGAUCAAGAAUGCUCGUCAUAAUGCCAGCAUCUAUGGUAUGGCGAAUAAAAUUGAGUUUAUAAUUGGUGAUUAUCUUCAACUCAGUGGAAGUCUGAAAGGGGACGUUGUGUUUCUCAGUCCACCAUGGGGUGGGCCAAAAUAUAUUUCGCAAAAGGAGUAUAACAUUGAAGAGUCUCUAGCGCCGUUGGGAGCAUCUGAUUUGGCAGAUAAAUCAAGGUUGAUAAGUGAGAAUAUUGCCUUUUUUUUGCCAAAAAAUUCAAAUCCUCAGCAAAUUGCCAAAGUGGCUGGAGUUGGUAAUAGGGUGGAGGUGGAACAUAAUUACCUGAAUACCAGAUUAGUUGGUUUGACAGCGAUCUAUGGUGAUUGGCUUAUUGAUAAGAAAAAUUUAUGAUUAGUAAAUUGUAAAUAGAAUUAAUAGUAAUUAUACCUAUAGUUUUUUGUUAAGAAAUAAAUGUCACUGCAAAGUGAAUCAAAACUCAAAAAAUUUGAUAGAGA